CACGUCAGGUCAGCUGACCGAUGACGCGCACUAACGUACCUCACACACGUUGAGGAGAAACUGAAGAAAGGAGGUCGAAACCGAGUCCUUCUUGAUCAACCGUGGCAAAGUGAGGGGAAACCGAAACAGAUCGAAACAAAACCAUGCCUGCAGAUAUUGAGAAGGGAAAGAAGGCGUUCGUUCAGAAAUGUGCCCAGUGCCACACAGUGGAGCAAGGAGGGAAGCACAAGGUCGGCCCGAAUCUAUGGGGGCUGUUUGGUCGCAAAACAGGACAGGCUGAGGGCUUUUCCUACACUGACGCAAACAAGAGCAAAGGCAUCAUCUGGGAUGAGGACACCCUGAUGGUCUACCUGGAGAAUCCCAAAAAGUACAUUCCCGGGACAAAGAUGAUUUUCGCCGGCAUCAAGAAGAAGGGCGAGCGUGCCGACCUCAUCGCAUAUCUUAAGUCUGCAACGUCGUGAAGUUUGCUCAAAUCUUUUAGCACGAUGUCUGAACUACAACUGUACCUCUGUUGACAAGACCCCUCUCUCUGAGGACCUGAUGGUUCAUGUAUCAAAUGGUUAUUUUCUAAUGUAACUUAUUCAAUAAUGUGUAAGAAACAGAACUGAAGGCAUCAAAUAAUGUACUGAACCUUGAAGAUGUCGUGCUUUGUCAGAGUGAAUUUGUCUCACGAGUGAAUGUUCGGUCCUUGUUUUCUUUUAUAGGUGUUUGAAUAAAACAAGUGCGGAACAGU